AUCAGUGUGUUUGAAGCACUUUCUUUGGUCACAAAACACAGCACCCUGCUAGCUGCUAGGAAGAAAAUUAACUCACUCCCAGCUAAAAAAAGUACAGUGUCAAAGAAAAAAUUUGAAAUAGCAGUCUUUUAAAUGUCAUGCAGUUUUUGUUUUGCCCCAUCUGUUUGAUUUUCAAAGGACAUAAAGUUUAAAUGUUUACAAUAGGAGGGGUUUGGUUUAGGGAUGUACAGCAAAUUAUAAUGGAGAAAUUUCUGAGUGUAUACAGGGAAGUGUGGGGUUUGUCAGUUCUAAUGGCAGAAAAUAAGUACAACAACUGUAUAUUGACAGUUAUAUGACAACAGUGUAUAUUGUUCUGGCUUACUGUCUUUGUAUUUAGAAUAGAAUUAGACACUUUUAAUUUUUUUAUAUUAGUAUUUUAUUAGUGGAAAAAUACUGCCUUCAGUUUAAUCCUUCAAACACUAUGCUUUGACUUUGGAUCUUAUAAAAGAGGAAGGACACCUGGUGUGUCAAAGAACCUUUCUGAAAAAAGUAAGCUAUCAAAAGAUCAGCAACAGGCAAUUGAGAUAAAGAUGGUAAAUCAUUGUUCAUAUUUGUUAAUACUAACACUGUGUUAAUACCAUAGUGAUCCGUGGUUUUGCCUUUGACAAAAAUCAUAAACUAAAGGAUAGAGAAUAAUAUUUUUCAAAAAUGGUAAGUGUUGUAAGGCUCUUUUUCUAGUGGGGCGUUUUUAGUUAGACCCUAGAUAAACAAGGAUUAGGUUUUUUAUUGUUCUUAUACUGCUGAAGCUAAUACUUCAUAUUAGCAACUCAAACUUUGCAGUCACCUCUUGUCACUUGCCCUCUAUCCUUACCCUAGAUUCGGAGAUAAAGUAAUAAGAUGUGAGUUAUGAAAAACUUAAAACAAUGUAAACAUUGUCAAGAUACUGAAAUGAGCAGCAUAAAUAGUUGUCAGCCAUCUCCAUGUGAACAAAACAAUUUACAAAGGAAGGCCACAAUGCAUAGAGGAUGCGAGGGAGAUUAAUUAUUACUCAGGAAUGACUUUUGAACUAAAUUAGCAAUUGGUACCAGCUUUUAGUAAGGACAGUGCGAGUUGUGGAUGGUUUUAGAAAGAUGUUGGAAAAGAAGGUCUGAAAAUAGAAGUUGGACAGCAAAAGUAAAAAUAACAUCCAUUUUGAAGGUGAUACAAAAAAAUGUAAUUUCAAAAUUCUAAAAAGACAAGCUAUUGGAAGAACCCGUAAUGGGAGAUUAAUAAACGUGUUUGUGAACAUAGUGGUACAGUGUGGCUAAAGCGUGAGUGAUUCCUUGCUUUAGGAUAGGGAAAAAAGAUUAUUUAAAUAUAUGAAAGUUUUUAAGUGUAGUCUUGAUCCCAUACAAGGUUUUAGAGAAAAUUUUAGCAGGACUGUGACCAGUGAAAUAAGGGGAAACAUGAUUAAUUUGAGCAGCUCAAUCUAGUGAAAGAUGUCUCACCUACAGCAAGGGGAUUGGGACUAGAUAUUUUGAACUCUUGUCCAACCCAAGCCAUUCCACGAUUCUAACCGUGACAAGAGCUCUUUAUUAUGACCUUGCUGCAGAAGAAAACUGUGUAACUGCACUUGCCUGCCUGACUGGGCAGAUAUAUCAAUUGUAGGCUGAUGACAAGCACAGAUGUAUCUGUGCAAUAUGUUGCAUCUCCAAAAAAUGAAAUCCUAGCACACAUUAAGAAAGAAAAUUCCCAACAAUGAUGAGGGCUUGUUAACUUGGAUAAGGUACAGACAUUUCUAGUCUCCUGUACUAGAGAGUAAUGGAAACAGGGCCAACUUCAGAGAAACAAUUGGUGAAGGAAGACUGUUUCUUAUGACAUGAUUUUACCAUGGUUUCAUUCAACUAUUUUGUUGAAUGAAAAAGUAAUGAACAUGAAGAUGAGGAGGUGAUACUACUGCAGUCUGUCAGGAUGGUGGGGAGGACGAAAGUCUGUUUACAGUUAAGUGGAAUGCUGCAAAGUAGCCAUUGAUACCAUUAGCUAAAUUUAGUAUUAAAGUAAAUCUGCAUCAUUUGGGGCAUGCUUACUAGCAUAUUAAUUGGAAUUUAAAAAAUACAAAAUCAAAAUUAAUUGUUACUAUAAAAGAAGAGCAUUUAAAUAUGCUGAAGGCAUACUUUUAAAGCAAAAAUUUACCAUUUUACCCUUUCUAUAUUGAGAUAAUUGAAAUGUGGUGUUCUUAAUUACACUGACUUAAUGUAUUUUAUGACUACAUAUUUGUGCCCUUUAUUUCAGAAGAGCAAAAUUAAUGAGUUGUGUUGCGGAAACCAUGAUUUUUACUCAUCAAAUAACUACAUAUUUCUUUUCUUUAAGAUACAGUGUUCUGAUGUGUCUUUUAGCUCUUGAUUUUGCUCUUUUUCUUAGCUUCUAGAAGUCGCUGUUGUUUCAGCAGUCUCUCACAGUUCCUAAUCAGAAUUUGUAUCUACAUGCUCUAACUAGGCCUUAUAGCAUGUCAUGAAAAAAAUGUUUGUCCAAGAAAUGCAGAUAUAAAUAUAGUGUAUUUUUCUAUCUCAUUUUAAGUAUGUGUGUGAACUGGGUUUAUAUCGACAUGCAAGAUUAAUUUUCAGAAGAAAACUUAAGUAGCCUUAAAAAAAUCCAUGAAAAAUGUUUGAUUUUCUUCAGCAACUCUAUACUCACUUGUAAUUUAAAUUAAGUUCUUGCAACACAACUCUGUGCUUUGCUCAAGAGAAGGAAAACUUGUUUUUCUGGUAGGUGUGGCUGUUGUUGCUGACAUUAAAAGAGCAACAGCUAUGUGAAAUAAAAUGUGCCAGGAAGUAUCUGAGGUAUUGAACCAGUUUUUCACCUCACAAUAUUUUUCUGUAUUGAACAAUUAUUGCAAUUUACCUUUAAAAUAUUUAUCUGUCUAAAAUAAACAAUUAGUAGAUUAGUUUAGCAAAAUAACUUAGCAAAAAAUGAAUGAAGAACUGAACAGAACUUCACUCUGCUAUCUACUUUAAAAGGACCCUCCAUGUAGAGAGACUGCUCCACACAUCUGACAAAUAGAGACAUUCAGAGUGUCACAUAUCGUACAUUUCAUUAAAUGCGUGUUUUGUGACUGGUUUUUCAUAAAAGCGCAGUAGCUGGGUCUCUGAAUAAGGCAGCAUAAAUUACAAGGACAAAGAAAUUUGCAUGGACAUUUAGAUACGUUCAAAAUGUUGUGUGCUGGGAAAAAAUCCUACUUUGCUGCUGCUGUGUGCAUUAUGACUGUAACUUCAAUGCUUGCAGUUUCUUAUCUGAAGUUACAGAGACUUUCUCAUCAGCCAAAAGUAAUUCAAGAAGGUAGAAGAUGUAGAGGGAAAAUUGCCAUUAGCACAAUAACAGCAUUAGAAGGUAACAAAACUUUUAUUAUAUCCCCAUACUUUGAUGACAGAGAAAGCAAAGUCACUCGUCUGAUUGGGAUUGUUCACCAUGAGGAUGUAAAACAACUCUACUGCUGGUUCUGCUGUCAGGCCAAUGGAAAGAUAUAUGUAUCAAAAGCAAAAAUUGAUGUUCACUCAGAUAGAUUUGGAUUUCCUUAUGGUGCAGCAGAUAUAGUUUGUUUGGAACCUAAAAACUGUGAUCCAACACAUGUAUCAAUUCAUCAGUCUCCACAUGGAAAUAUCGACCAGCUGCCGAGGUUUGAAAUUAAAAAUCGCAAGCCCGAGACCUUUUCUGUUGACUUCACCGUGUGCAUUUCUGCCAUGUUUGGAAACUACAACAAUGUCUUGCAGUUUAUACAGAGCAUGGAAAUGUAUAAGAUUCUUGGAGUACAGAAAGUGGUGAUCUAUAAGAACAACUGCAGCCAUCUGAUGGAGAAAGUCUUGAAGUUUUAUAUAGAAGAAGGAACUGUUGAGGUAAUUCCCUGGCCAAUAAACUCACACCUUAGGGUUUCUUCUAAAUGGCGCUUCAUGCAAGAUGGGACACACAUUGGCUACUAUGGACAAAUCACUGCUCUAAAUGACUGUAUAUACCGUAACAUGGAAAGGAGCAAGUUUGUGGUCCUUAAUGAUGCUGAUGAAAUAAUUCUUCCUCUUAAACACCCAGACUGGAAAACAAUGAUCAACAGUCUUCGGGAGCAAAACCCAGGGACUAGUGUUUUCCUCUUUGAGAACCAUAUCUUCCCAGAAACUGUAUCUUCUCGCACGUUCAACAUUUCAUCUUGGAAUACUGUGCCAGGUGUUAACAUACUACAGCAUGUAUACAGAGAGCCUGACAGGAAAGAUGUAAUUAAUCCCAGGAAAAUGAUAGUUGAUCCACGAAAGGUGAUUCAGACUUCAGUCCAUUCUGUCCUACGUGCUUAUGGGAAGAGUGUGUAUGUUCCCAUGGAUGUUGCCCUCAUUUAUCACUGUCGGAAGGCCCUUCAAGGAAACCUUCCCAGAGAAUCUCUCAUCAGGGAUACAACACUGUGGAGAUAUAACUCAUCAUUAAUCAUGAAUGUUAACAAGGUUCUUUCUCAAACCAUGCUGCAAACCCAAAACUGAAACCUUGGUUAUAAGAAGUGAAAGUGGAGGGCCACCUGUAUUGUGGGAAGACAGAGGCUAUAAUUUAAAAAUUACAUUACAUUGAUUUCCACAUGGAGUCUACAUUUUUUUGUAAUCAUUUAGGGAAUAUAUAGCAAAGCCAUUAAUCAUUUAAUGAUACCAAGGGUCAAUGCAGAUUGCAGUAUCUCUUCUGGGAAAUGUACAAUUUGUUUUCAGUUAAUAAUAAAAAUCAGUAUUUGUCAACUGAUUCAAAUAAUGCAAAACAGUUUCUAACCUAUGUACAAGAAGUACAAAUACAAUCAUUAGUAUUAAAGGUAGAAUUGCUUAA